CCCUGCUCCACUGGAUCAGACGAAAAGCUUGGGCGAUGGAUGAGAACAAGAAAUCGAGGGUGACUUUAACCUUCUCUUCUCCGACUCGUCUCACCUAACACUAUGGCAUGGCCGACCAACUUACUGGAAAUUAAACAUCGCGUUUCCUCGUUCCUGCGUGUUCUUACUUCAUCACCUUCCAAGCAUCCAUCAGUGAAGUACCGCGUUAUAUCAAAGUUGUUAAAUGCUACUCCCCGCAAUUCAGCCCUCCGCCUACCUCGCAAACAAUGGAGAGCUCGAGACUUUGCGUUUAUCCAGAAAAUACGUCGAGCAGUGCGCAGUCAAUUCCCCAAAGUCCAUUGUUGAUGCAUUCAUACAAUAUGGUCAGCCCGAAACUGCUUGUCAUCACACGCUUUCUUACGUUUCUUCAUCACCAUCCUCUUCGCCUGACGGUCAACUCGCGGCGGUAAGAUGCCAUAGACUCAUCAUCGUGCUUGCACACCUUGUUCGACUUUGGUCCGUUGUUCAAGUUGGACGCUGUUGUAUCAGCAAAGAGCACGAGCCUUUCUCGCUUCUGCAGGUGUUUUUGAAUAGUGGUCUACCAGAAUUACAUUCAUGGCUUGAAAGUCAUCCCGCUGUGCUCGAAAAAAUAUGGCAAAAGUCGACCGAGCACAGCUUGAGCGGAAGAUCGGUCUUCUGCCAUGUGGAUCACUGGGUUUUACACAUGUCGGGCACGAUCUGCCGUAUUCAGAGGUCCUGUUGACGCUGCAGAUUGAACUGAGUCAAAUUGAGAAAUGGGCGAUCGAUGGUAUGCUUUGCUUGGGAGUGUUGCUACGUACUAUGCAGCGUACAGAUUCGAUGUACCAAUGUACAUCGAACUGCCUCAAAAAUUUAAACGGACCAAGGUAGAUGAUUGAUCCGGUGGUAACAUUGACAUGCG